CUGUAGAUGGCAGCAGUGAAGCGACGUUUCGCUUUUAAUUUCGAGCGCCCGGUUGCUGCGUGGAUCGCAAUGGCAGCCUCCUGUCCCAACGCGGUGCGCGUCCGCCUUUACUUUGAUUAUCCUCCUCCGGCCGUAUCGGACUGCCGUAUGUGCUGGGUUCUCGUAGACUUAAACAAAUGCCGCGUCGUGGCGGACCUGGCGAGUAUCAUCAGGGACAAGUUUGAUUUCAGUCGGCGGGCUGUCUUAAACCUGUUCAUUGAAGAUUGUUACUUGCCUCCCGCGGAGAGCGUUUAUGUAGUGCGUGACAACGACAGCAUCAGAGUGAAGGUGGAUGUUCUGCAACAAGUAAACGGCUGUGAAUUGAGCAGCGAUGCAGAGGAGACUCCGAAGACCAAGAAAAGGGGAAGAGAGGGUGAGGAGGAGUCCGAAGAUGAGGAGGAGCGCGCGGUGAAGAAGAGAAAGAGAUCUGCCAAGAGACAGGAGACUCAGAAGAUGAGGUUUGCCUUGGCAGAGGAAGAGAUGGCAACAAAGAAGAAGAAGAAGAAGAGAAAAAAGGAGAUGAAACUCCAGACAGAAGGGCAAGGGGGCCCGAUGACACGUCUGGAAGACAGACCUGAGGCCUCCACCUUGAAGGAGGUCCGAAAAGCAACAGCCCCCACAAACUGCAAGGUGGUGCCUCAGAAACGGGUCUCCAGCUCCUCAGAGAGCAGCGAUGAAGAGAGACCCCCAAAAACAGUCGUCCCUCUGAGGACGCCGGUGCAGACAGGCAGCCAAAUCCCGGCAAAGACGGCUAAGCUAAAGGUGUUAACACGGGAUUCCUCCUCUGACUCGUCUGGUACUGCGGCGCCAAGCAGAAAGCCGUCCCUGCAGGCUGCCCCUGGCUCCACCCUUAUCUGUGGUCUCGCCCCCAGCUCCACCCAUACCCUCCACCCUCGCCCUUUGGUUCCAGGCUCCACUAGCGUCGCAAGGAAGCAGGCAGACAGCUCCAGCUCAGAUAGCAGUAGUGAGACCGAGUUGGUUAUCAAGCGUCCACCCCCUGUAAUGCAAGGAAUCCUUGGCGCAGUAUCCCGGGGUAGGGGGGAGUCCCCGGGUAGGGGUAGGUCCCCAGCUGUGGGCCGGGGUGUGGGGAGAGGGAACUUGCCACGCGGAGGCGGUGGUCCCAGAGGGGGACGCGGACAGAGGGGGCCGUGGAGGGCUGAAGGACAAAAUAACUCUUAUGACAACCGAAAUGACAUGCGGGAGCAGCACCUGCAGGAGACCCAGACAAACCGGGCCGUGGUUCUGCAGACCCCCCCAGCUGCUGUCCCUCCUCGAGACUACACCACGAUGCCCCUGCUGGCUGCACCCCCAGCCGUGGGACAGACAAUCGCCUUCAAGCUGCUGGAGCUGACGGAGAGCUACACACCCGAGGUGUCCGACUAUAAGGAAGGGAAGAUCGUUGGUUUCGACCAGAGUACCAAGCAGGUACAGCUGCAGCUGCUGUCUUCGGUCCCAGCUCCCACAGGGCCGGGGAAGUUUGACCUGGUUUACCAGGCGCCCGACGGUUCUGAGGUCAUCGAGUAUGCGCUCUCCCGUGGCUCUCGGCUGACGGAGCGGUGGGAGUCUCUCCUGGAGCCCAGGCUUGUGGUGGAGAACAUUGGCUGAGGUCCCGCAGGUGUCCGGGUGGGAAGCGACAGAGAGUUUGUGCGAGAGGCGAACCGGAAUGUGUGAAGGAGACAAACGUUUGUCAGACGAAAAGAGAGACCAUUCCGUACUCGGCACAGUGAUGGACAGCCAAGACUCCAGAAAUGUAUUUUAAUAGUUUUUUUAAAUCUUUUUUUUUUCUUUUAGUGAAAUAGUCUUUCUAAAAUAAAAACGAUAUAUUGUUUUAAAACCCGCUUCAGUGUGGCAGACCUCCUGGAGAGUUAGAUUUGGUUUUGUUCUUUGGAAUCAUGGACGGUCAUUUCUAGGUGUACCAUAAUUUUACUUUCAUUUCAAUGUCAUUUUAUUGAAAUAAAAAAACAUACAGUUCCAGGCUACAGGACUGUAAUGAAGCCCUGAUCCAUA